AAUUUACUUUCCUGUACAGGAGCUUUCCUCGUCAGGUAACUUUGUCCUAAUUAGUUUAGUAUUUAUUGACAACGUUAAAACAGUUGUUUAGCUAGCUAACGUUUUACGUCGGUGUCGUUGUAGAAACCUGUGUGUUUCUGGCAGCAAGUUAAUUCAACAAAAAGCCUGCUCGGCUGGUGAGCGACAGCUCGGCGUUAGCUCAGAGGAGGAAAUUGUUGUGCACCAUCUGAAGCACAGUACAGGCACUGUGAGUGGGUCAUCAGGCAGUCUCCUUAUGUCAGGCCGAAACGGGUCUGCCACUGAUUCAGACUGCCGGAUCUCUGAGGACUGCAGCGUCCCAGAUGUUGAGCUGAUGGAGCUCGGGCCACUGCUGGAGGAGGGAGGGGGCCGGCAGGUGCCAUCCAAAAGUGUCCACCCAGAGGGAGCAGCAAUGCUUUCUGAGGAAGAUGAUGAUGAAGACGAUGAGGUGGGAGAGGUUCUGACCUUACCUCUUCAGGCUCACCAUGCUAUGGAGAAAAUGGAGGAGUUUGUACACAAGGUGUGGGAGGGGCGCUGGAGGGUCAUUCCUUUUCAUGUCCUGCCAGAUUGGCUGAAGGACAAUGAUUACCUCCUGCAUGGACAUCGACCUCCUAUGCCCUCCUUCAGGGCCUGCUUUGGAAGCAUCUUCAGAAUUCACACUGAGACCGGCAACAUCUGGACUCAUCUGUUAGGGUGGAUCUUAUUCGUCUGUUUGGGCAUUUUAACCAUGUUGCGCCCCAACAUGUAUUUUAUGGCACCGCUGCAGGAGAAAGUUGUGUUUGGGAUGUUCUUCCUGGGAGCUGUCCUCUGCCUCAGCUUCUCCUGGCUCUUUCAUACCGUCUACUGCCACUCAGAAAAAGUGUCUCGCACGUUCUCCAAGCUUGACUACUCGGGCAUUGCACUUCUAAUCAUGGGUUCCUUCGUGCCCUGGCUGUACUACUCGUUCUACUGCUCCCCUCAGCCUCGACUUAUCUACCUCACCAUUGUAUGUGUUCUUGGCAUCGCCGCCAUCGUAGUUGCCCAGUGGGACCGAUUCUCAACACCUCGUCACAGACCAACGAGAGCAGGUGUAUUUAUGGGUCUUGGACUGAGUGGCAUUGUCCCCACCAUGCAUUUCACCAUCGAGGAGGGUUUUGUAAAGGCCACCACAGUCGGACAGAUGGGUUGGUUCUAUCUGAUGGGUGCCAUGUACAUCACUGGUGCCGGCUUGUAUGCAGCAAGGAUCCCUGAACGCUUUUUUCCUGGAAAGUGUGACAUCUGGUUCCAUUCUCAUCAAAUCUUUCAUGUCCUGGUCGUGGCUGCGGCGUUCAUUCACUUCUACGGGGUUUCCAACCUGCAGGAGUUUCGCUACGGCCUUGAAGGAGGAUGCACAGACGACUCUUUACUCUAAAAGACCCAACUGUGACUCGCUUAUCUUUACACUUUCAAUCACACACACACACACACACACACACACACACACACACACACACACACACACACACACACACACACACACACACACACACACACACACACACACACACACACACACACACGAACUGCUGCUGGAAUCGAGUAUAGUCACUUAUUGCUCCUGCUGAUUUGCUUACAUCUUCUUUGGGUUUUAGUGGUCUUUCUGCAUUUGGCUUUUUAUUUUUCUCCAGUAAAGUAGCAUUAACUAGCCAAUGUACUUCAGAGGGAACGGGGGAUUACUUUACUACUAUACCUGUCAGUUUUGGAGUUGGGGUCUUCAACUAAGAAAGCUUGAACUUAAACCAUAAGCGUGCGUUGCUGAAACAGAUAGUCUGCUCCUAUGAUCUCUCUGUUACCCUAACCUCUUCAUAGUCUGUUACAGUUGCACAAAGGGUGCAGAGAGUAUUAUUUGUGCCACAGCAAAAGGCACAGACUUAAGUCAUUCCCCUCAUGUGCAGGUUUUAGGUCAAUGGCACGGUUCACAGGACGUUUGGUGCACAGCAGUACAUGGUGUUGUAGACUUUUGAGAAUUCAAAUGCAAAUGUAAAAGGAAGAAAACCAUAAACAAUCUAUUGUAGUUCCUUUUGUUUUUUAUUAGUUCUUACACUCAGUUCUUUUAAAACUCCACAGGACCACUGAGAACUCAGAUUUGGCAUUUACGCAGCAAAAAGCACUUCAAAAGCCCAUUAAGUACCAAAAAUUUAUGUUUUAAUAGUUUUAGGCUAAAUCUGUAACGUCUGUUUGGGCACUAMGGGAAAGAAAGGAGUUUCUCACUGAAGUGAAGCACAUGCAGCAAUGUUUGUUAAUGUGCUUUUUAAAGUAAUAAAUAAAUAAAUCUGUUGUUUUGGAUUAACAUAAAUGAUGAAACAAAUUAAAUGCAUUUAAAUACUUUGUUGAAUGUCUUUUGGAAAAAAUUGGUUGAGUUUUAUUGUGAUGACAAAUCUCCCCAAAGAAGGAAGUUUUAAAUUGUUUAAUGAGACAGAAAAGUUGUCAUUGAAACUCGGACAAUAACUACAUACUUGAUCAUUUUUUGUAUUGUUGAAGUAACCCAUCUUUAAUAAACAUCUAGUUUUCAACAGUGUACAGAUCUGAAGCAGCUAAACUGCUUUUUUCUUUUUUGUCAAUUGGGAGAUUUUUUCCUUUGUGCUUGAUUUUUAGAUGCAAAGACAGGUGUAAAUAUCAAGUGCACCUUACUGUAAAUUAUUAAAUUCAAGACUUUAAAUCAGCAAAUGAGGUUUAAAAUGUGUUCCGUUUGAUUUCUAUAAACUUUGAGUAUACUUGUGCCUUAGGCCAAUGGAAAUGUUUUUAAAUAAAGCGGCCUAUCUUAACAGUUACGUAAGCAUCAAGGUUUUCCAAGUACUCACUUCUUUCGUUUUUGUUUUCCAUACAUAAUAAAUACUAAGUCAAAUUAUUAUUAUUAAAGUUACAAAUCCAUUGAUAGGUUGUAAGAAAUGCUGUUAAAAAAUUCCUUUUUCUAGACGAUCUUCAAGCUUUAUUACAAAAACUAAAAAAAAAUGUAUCUUUGACUUUGUGUUCUGUCGUGUAGAAAAAAUCAACCCAUACAAUUCUCUGAAAUGACAACCUAAAUAUUUAUUAAUGAUAAUAUUGGAAAAUUAUUGUAAUAAAUUUUUUUCCACAUGUAUAAAA